UUGCGACACCUCACUAUGAGCUCAGGAAACACGGGUUUGCACGGCAUCUGAAGAGAAUCAACCUUCUGAUUGAGCGCCAGACAUACUGGGUACCUAGUUGCUGGUUACAUAACUACUAGUGACGACAUUAUGGGCAUGUUGGAAACUAGGGCCACAUGGUUGGCCAUAGCUAUUUUUUUCAUAACUGUUGUAGCCACCAAGAUUUCAAGACGGAAAAGCAAUGUCCACCCGUCGUCCACACCACUUCCUCCUGUCGUGAAUGUCCUCACUCUCUUACCUUCGUUUUUUAACAAUGGUUUUUGGGUUACAAUCAAUGAUCUGUAUACAAGGUUCGGCGCUGUAUUUACAGUAAAUUUGCUUGGACCAAAGAUAACCUUGUUGGUUGGACCGGAGGUCUCAACUCAUUUCUUCCAAGGGCUGGAGUCAGAGAUUAGCUUUGGUAAUUUCGCCGAGGUCACCAUUCCACUAUUUGGCCAGGAAGUUCUUUAUGGUGUAGAUCCCGCAACUCGCAACGAGCAAGUAAAUUUCAUUGUUGAUGUACUAGAGCCAUCCAAGAUGCGAAGCCUCGUUGAUCCCAUAUUUCAUGAAGUAGAGACCUUCUUUGCAAAGUGGGGACAAGAUGGCACAGUUGAUCUUAAACAUGAACUCGAGCAUGUUCUCAUGUUUAUAUCAUGUCGGUGCCUACUUGGAUAUGAGAUUCAAGAGACGAUGUUGGAAGAAGUAUACUCAUUGUUCCAUGAACUUGAGAAUGGCUUAAACUAUUUCAGUUACUUGUUUCCAUAUAUGCCAACCCCGACAAACUGCCGACGUGACAAGGCACACAUCAGGCUGAAAGAAAUAUUCAGUACAACCAUUAGGUCACGCAGAAGCUCCGGCCGAGUCGAAGAUGAUGUAAUGCAGAGGCUGAUGAAUUCCAAGUAUAAAGAUGGCCGCUCCACAACAGAAGCAGAAAUUUCAGGCAUAAUCAUGGCCCUCAUCUUUGCUGGAAAACACCCAAGCUCUAGCUCUAGUAUAUGGGCGGGAGCUUUCAUGCUGAGCAACACCAAGUUCUUAAUGGCUGCUGUGGAGGAGCAAAAACAUAUCAUUAGCAAGUAUGAUAAUCAAGUAAGCUACACUGCCUUAUUAGAGAUGGAUACCCUGCAUAGUUGCAUCAAGGAGGCAAUUAGGAUGCGUACUCCAUCGCAAAUGUUAACUCGCAAGGCACAUAAGAAAUUCAAGGUGCAUACCCAAGAAGGAAAGGAAUAUCACAUACCUGCAGGGCAUAACAUCGUAAUCCCUACGGCACUCAACAAUAAGCUGGCACAUGUUUACAGUGACCCUCAUGUGUAUGAUCCUGAUCGGUUUGGUUCUGCAAGACACGAGGACAAAGUUGGUGGCAAGUUCUCUUUCACGACAUUUGGUGGUGGAAGGCAUAUGUGCCCUGGCAUGUCCUUUGCUUACCUUCAAAUGAAACUGAUAUGGAGCCAUCUGCUAAGAAACUUUGAUCUCAAACUAAUAUCUCCUUUCCCAGAUGCAGACUUGAGCAUGCUGGGCCAAGAGCCUAAAGGAAAACUAAUGGUAAGUUAUAAGAGACGUCGGUUGCCGUGCAGCUAGCCGUUGAUAAAGUAGUAAUAUUAGUAACUAUACCUAGUUAAUAUUAGUGUAGAAUAAGAAUUUGGUUGUGGAAAGGUUCGCCCCGAAGAAGGUUUUCCUGCUGUCUCCAAAUUCAGUUAGAGUUGAUUUCUUUUACUCCAAGUUGUAAUCGGACUUAUAAGCCCUCCCUAGUGGAUAAAUACA